UUUAAUUCUUAUCGCAUGCUUCUAGUAGAUUUGAUAUAGCAUUGUGUUGUUGAAUAGAAAUUUAAAUCAAAAUGGUUCGAAAACUCAAAUUUCAUGAACAGAAACUGCUUAAAAAAGUAGAUUUCUUCAACUGGAAAGAAACUAACAAUUUAAAUGAAGUGAAGGUUAUGCGCAAAUACAACAUUCAGAAACGCGAGGACUACACAACUUACAAUAAACUAUCUCGGAAUGUUCGGGAACUAGCCGCAAAAAUCGCAGAAGUCGAUUCUAAGCAUCCCUUUCGAACGGAAAUGAGCGGUUUACUGUUGGAGAAACUAUACGUUUUAGGUCUAAUACCGACCAAAUGGGAUCUGGAGAACGCCAGCAAACUGAGUGCUUCAUCUUUCUGUCGGAGACGACUUCCUGUUGUACUGCUGAGGAACAAUAUGUCCGAGAAUAUACAGCACGCUACAAAAAUGAUCGAGCAUGGCCACAUACGGGUUGGUGCCGAGGUAGUCAAAGAUCCUGCUUUUCUAGUGCCCCGAACAUUAGAAGAUUUUGUGACGUGGGUGGAUGGAUCAGCGAUUAGAAAACAUGUACUUGAAUACAAUGAUAUGCGAGAUGAUUUCGAGUUGUAAUUAAAUUGAAUAAAGUAAAUUAAAGGAAAAAAGUUUUGUUUCAACAGCAUCACGUUU